UUAAAAUUACAUUUUUUUAAAUAAUUUUUUUCAUUUUAAUUUUUUCAUUUUAAUGUUUUCAUUGUGUGAGCCGAGCAAAACCCGUAUGUAGGCAUUGAUUUGUGGCUCCAGUUCGAGACCUUUAUUUUAAAUCUUCAGUUAACUUUGUAUUUUGUUUUAAAUUGUGUAUAUUCCUGGUAGAGUGAACUUGGUAGGAUCUUGCUCCCUAGUAGCUUAGCAUAAUAACUUGUGGUUGUCCAACCUCCCAAGUGAAAAACGAAUGAAUUACUAUAAAUGAAUUUCAUUCUUUUCUCUGGUAGGAGGAUUAUCAGAAUUCUGAGUGUCUGAUGGGAGGGUGGGAUCAGAUUCUUUUUACUUUUGGUACUUCUUUGAUAGUGGCUGAUUCUAUUCAAAGUUCUGUUUUCCUGGCAAUUGAGAUAGUCCAUCUCCUUUGGUUUAUUCUGAACCCUAUUGAGACAAUUAUAAUAUAAACUGUGUGUAUUUAUUAGGAACUGUGUAAGGUAUUAUGGAUAUAAAGAUAAGUUUUAAAUGUUAAGUCCAUUCUCUUGAGUUACCCAUAAUCUAUGGUGAAGCUAAUAGAACUAUAAAAAAGAUAAACUGUAUGUAAUUGGACAAUUAGAGCUAUAAUCUCUCUGAAGAAAGCCUUUCCUCUUGUAAUUUUCUUGCCAGUUUUUUUUUUUUAAGAUUUUUUUUAAGUGAUCUCUACACCCACGGUGGAGCUUGAAUUUACAAUCCUGAGAUCAAGAGUCACAUGCUCCACUGAUUGAGCCACCCAGUCACCCCUACUUGCCAGUUCUUUAUUGUUGUGUUGUGUUUUUCUUUUCUUUUCUUUCUUUAUUUUAACUGUUUAUUUUUGAUAGAGCACGUGUGCACACGGGGGUGGGAGGAGGAGGGGCAGAAAGAGAGGGGGACAAAAGAUCCGAAGCAGGCUGUGCUGACAGCAGGGAGCCCAAUUUGGGGCUCGAAUUUGCUAACGGUGAGAUAUGACCUGAGCCGCAGUCGGCAGCUCCACCGACUGAGUCACCCAGCUGCCCUUAUUUUAUUUUUAAGUAAUCUCUACACCCACUGUAGGGCUCAAACUCACAACCCAGAGAUCAAGAGUCACACUCUAUCGACUGAGCCAGCCAGGUGCCCUGCCAGCUCUUUAUUGUGUACAGAGAUGACUAGCUGGCAGCUUUAUGAAUUACUUUGUAAAUCCAAAGAUUCUUUUGCUGAUUAAACCAGCAUAAUUGACACUGACCCUCAUAAGCCAGGACAAGGAUGUUAAAUGAUCUGUGUUGCCUGUGUAUACCUUAUACAUCCUAGUGCCAAGCAGUUGAGUUUUUGUGAUCAUUAAGUGUGGAUUUUAGACAAUCUAGGACUCUGAGUUGAGUUUGGGUUUAUACCUUAAGUAGCUGCAACGCCCCAGGAUUAUUUUAUAACAAGGAAGAAAUCUUAGGAUAAAAAAUAGCCACAAUUUAUUGAGUAGCUAUUUAUCUGUUUUGUGCCAGGGCACAUAUUAAUGUGAAUCACAAAAUCCCUGCAAAGUGAGAUGGGGAAUUCUUGUAUUUACAAAUAAAAGAAGCCAAGUACGAAUCUAGAAUGAAAUUCCAAAUACUCAUAAAGCAGAAACUUUUAUUUUGAAUCUAGAGUUUGCUUCUCACAGAGCGAGCCUUUGGAGUACUAGAGCCAAAGAGCCAGCCUUUCUCAGUGUUGAAAGAAAAGACUGCAAAAAACUAUUCACAACCUCUUUGUAGCCUUAUGCCCAUAACCCCUGUACCUGCUGUUCUGUAGUCUUGUGCCAGUGGUGUAGCUCAUUUCACAAAAUAGAAUUUGAAGAGGAUUUCAAAAUUGUUGUAUAUAUUUUGAAAAGUGUCCAAUCUGGGAAAGGAGGGAGGAAACGAAGUUUGAAGAAGAGCCCAGAUCGCUGAUAACGAGUGCUGAAGUUGUUAGGGUAUGUCCAGAGUGUCUUGUGAUGGUUUUUCUGCUGGAAUCUUGCAGGAUGGUUCAAGCGUGUUUGCUUACACCACUGUCUGUUUCUAUGCUACAACCUUUAAUCCUGCGGUUUCCUUUUUACACUGUAGUUCUGCUGAAGAGCUCAGAAGACUAAAGGAUUCUUUAAAAUUUCAGCGUUUAACCUGCAAAAAUAUCUUGUUUUAAUUAAAAAUGGGAGUGGGAAGAGACAGAACAGUGUAACAUGUAUCAGUCCAGUGCCUUAAUUCAGUUGGUUUAAAUAAAAUUUAAUCCUACUCCUUCCUCUUCCCUCUCCUCACUAAAGAAGAAUUCUCUCUGGUCUUCAGAAUUGACUGGAAUUCAAAUAAUACUUUUUCUGGUUGUGUAAAAGAAAAUUCAGGAGUACAAUUUAAAAUAUUUUUAUUCUAUGACACUACAGUGAUUCAAGACUCAUUUAACAAGCUGCUACUAGAUAACUUCAGAGCACAUAAAAGAUGAUCAAUAAAUAUACAGUGCCCUUGAAUAUCAUGUGGGUCAGGGGCACUAACCUUCCCCUCCCAUGCAGUUGAAAACCAUGUGUAACUUUUGACUCUCCCAAAAUUUAACUAUUAAUAGCCUGCUGUUGACAAGAAGCCUUACCGAUAACAUAAACAAUUGAUUAACACGUAUUUUGCAUGUUGUAUAUAUUAUAUACUGUAUUCUUACAAUAAAGUAAGCUGGAGAAAAAAAUGUUCUUAAAAUCAUAAAGAAGGGAACAUACUUUUACAGUACUGUACUUAUUGAAAAACAUUUAUGCAUAAGUAGACCCACACAGUUCAAACCCAUGAUCCAAGGGUCAAUUGUAUACUAAAUGACUGACUUUUUUGUAUAUAAAGAAAGUUGCACCUCUGACUCCUUAUCCAGAAAGACCUGUGAUCUUAGGGGAUUUCCCAUUUAUUGUCCGUCAGCUCUUGUCUGGAUGCCUGUCCUGGGAAAGGCAUUGCUUUUGGCACUGUUGUGAAAUAGAGAUGGUCGGUCUCAAAGAUUUUACGAUCUGAUAGUGGAGACAAGGGUUUGAGGAGGAGGAAGAGAAAAGCCAUUAUGAGCAAAGGCAUGAAAGGCCAGAGCCUCACUGUUGGAAAUUCCUAGUGGAGUGAAGUGAGAUUGUGUGUACCUCAAGGGUUUGAUGGAAUUGAAAGAUCAAGCUAAUAUUAGUGUUAUAAAAUGGUAGUGGAAGAUGGGAUUGGAAAGGUAGUUUCAUUAUAUCUGAGUAUUUUGAACAUUAUCCAAGACAUUUCUGGGAGUUGAUGAAAAUUUUUGAGCACAAUGCUAAUACAAAGUGGUGGUUUAGGGAGAAAAUACAGUGGGACAUAAGAACUGGAGAGAGGGGGGAAGGUCUCUAGGGCAGCAGGAAGGUCUGUAGGGCAACUAUUGGAAUGGUAAAUGUAACACGAUGAGGAGCAAGUAAGAGUUGAGAAAGUGGGAAAGGCAAAGAUGAACAGAUGCCUGUGUGCUGGGUACAAGGUAAGUUGUCCGUGUAUCUUUGUUAAGAGAACUGGCAUGAUUUAACAAAGACUUGAGGAGGAAGAAAAGAGGGUUGAGAUCGGUGUUCCAUGCCUGGAUGUCUGAGAGUGGUAGUACUGCUGACAGAAUGGAAAUGUUUGGAUAGGAAGGUGACAUGUUGUGUCUGAGGUCAUGGGAUGUGAAUGAACAUGGAAAUACCUGGUUCUCAGAAGGUAGGGCUCGUGCAUUCACAUAUUUAGGCUGAAGGUGUGGAUUUAGAAGUCUUCUGGAGGUGCACUGAACGAGACAGUCUCUAUAAUGAUAGGUUUGCACAGAGGCAUUUACUAAAUGACCUCAGAUAAAUCCCUUAUCCUUGCUGGACUUUUUUUAUUAAUGUAAAAAUGGUUGGACAGAGGUUAGGACAUGGCAGUGAUGUUAAUAUGUACCCUAACUACUUCACCAACUUGUUUUAUCAAAUGACGGGGUAUAGCAACGUGCCUGUUGUCUGUAAACAGUGAUACAGGUAUAAACUUGUGAAUAUUUUGUUGCCAGUGGUAACCAAGUGUGGCUGGGGUUAGAAAUGCAUUCUUUAGUUCUGUCAAAAACUGUCCCAUACUCUUAUUCUUGUGCUCUGAACAACUUAAUUGACAGGUUUCAAUGCUUCAGAAGGCCGCUAAUAUCUUGUAGUUAAUAGUUUUUAGAAACGGAAAGUAGCUCUUCCUGGGGGCGCCUGGAUGGCUCAGUCGGUUAAACAUCCGACUUUGGCUCAGGUCAUGAUCUCACGGUUCAUGAGUUCAAACCCCACGUUGGGCUCUGUGCUGACAGCUCAGAGCCUGGAGCCUGCUGCGAAUUCUGUGUCUCCCUCUCUCUCUGCCCCUCCCCUGCUCACACUUUGUCUCUUCUCUGUCACAAAAAUAAAUAAAGAUUUAAAAAAAUUAAAAAGAGAAAUAAAAAGUAGCUCUUCCUGUUUAACUCACGUCGAUCCAGACACCUGCUUUAAUGGUCUUUCUUUUUGGAUCCCAAAGGGUUUUAAGUAAGCUCCCAUAUGUUUCUGUAGGUCAAAGAUUAAAGUUGGGCAGGAGCCUUUGGAAAGGAAUUGAAUAAAAUUCUGAGAGGUCUUGUGUCUUCCUCCAAAACUGUAUUUCAGGGAGAGAUCAUUUUUGAGAUGUAGUAUCUUUUCUUAACUCCUCAGGAUCCUCAGUAAAAUGUAAUUAUUUUAAUUAAAAUAUCCAUAUUUUUAAAACUCUCUGAAUGUGAGGAUCAAAGGGGACUAUCGGAUUUACCCAGGAAUAAAGAGUUUACAAAAUGGGACACCUGGGCGGCUCAGUUGGUUAAGCAUCCGACUUCAGCUCAGGUCAUGAUCUUGCGGUCCAUGAGUUGGAGCCCCACAUUGGGCUCUGUGCUGACAGCUCAGAGCCUGGAGCUUGCUUCGGAUUCUGUCUCUCUCUGUCUCUCUCUGCCCCUCCCCUGCUCGUACUCUGUCUCUCUCAAAAAUAAACAUUAAAAAAACAAUUAAAAAUUUAAAAAAAAAGUUUCCAAAGUGUUACGGUAGGAGGAUUACAUCUGCUUAUAUAGGGUCAUGAUAGGUACUACGUGGCUAGGAAAAUGAUCUUUUCUCACUCAAUAUGAGGGAAAAGAUACGUCUUCUCUCUCUUUACCCUGCUCUUUUCCUUAAACACCAGCAGCAGCAAGGUUUGGAAAAUAAAUAAUGGGGGUCUUUUGCUAAUAAUUCCAGACAUAAAGUAUAACCAUUUAAGUGUGAAGUGUUACCUGUUUUCUAUAUUUUGGAGUCCAGAGAACUGCUGUUGAAAGGUAGAGAAUAGCAGUUCACUUGCAGUGUGUUCAUGGGAUUUAUAUUACAUAAUAAAGGGAGAAUGUGGCCACCACCAUUUGCCCCAUGUGUUCCUUGCAUAGGCAGUGUAUGCUUCCUUAAUGGUUUGGAGAUUAGUGGAUCUCUGAUUUCUGCUGUGCCGUGAAACAGGUAGUGACUUGAUUCAGUAAGCAUCUGAAGAACUGUUUUGUUCCAUAGAACUAUUUUGUUCACUAUUCUACUGCAUAGUUUUCAAAAGGAAUUGUUGAGUGGGACAUAUGAAGUAUGGCAGGAUGGAUGGAAUGUGGCUCAUGGGUCCUGGUCUGCUAAGGAGCUUGGGCAAACUGAUGAACUGUCCCAUGGGGAAUCCCGUGGGACAUACACACUGUAUAAACUUAAAUUACCAAGUCGGUGGUCCUUCUUUCCUUCCUUCUUCCCUUUCCUCCGCUCUCCUUCCUUUCUUUCAUCUUUACUUGGGGAUUAAGCUUCAGGAAAAAUGGUUUAUUUAAAUUAGGGGGUCAGGACAGUGAGCCACAUCUUAGAAUUGUGGAUCUAGUACAGUUGAAAGAUAACAGAGAGAACCCAGAAACUCUGCACACAUGAAAGAAAUGAUGAGCAUGAACCAGCAAAGAUUAGGAAAUGUUAAAAUAAACCAUGGUAUGUGAAUUACUUAACAAUGUAAAUGUGUUGGCAUUUCUUACCUCAAAAAAUUUUUAAGUAUUUUUCAUAAAACAAAUUUGGCCAUUUAAACCAUUUUCAAGUGUAGAGUUCAUUGGCAUUCAGUACAUUGACAUUCUUGUGUAACUUUCCAGAACAUUUUCCUCAUUCUAGAUAGAAACUCUGUACCCAUCAAACAAUAACUCUCCCAGCCUCUGGUAACCUCUGUUCCACUUUCUGUUCCAUGAAUUUGCCCAUCCUGCUACCUCAUAUAAGUAGAAUCAUAUGAUAUUUGUCCCUUUGUGUCUGGUUUAUUUCACCUAGCAUAAUGUUUUCAAGGUUCAUCCAUGAUUAGAACUUCAUUCCUUUGUAUGGCUGAAUAAUGUUCCGUUGUAUGUAUUACUACGUGUGUGUGUGUGUGUGUGUGUGUGUGUGUGUGUGUGUGUGUGUUACCGCAUUUUGUUUAUCCAGUCAUCUGUUGAUGGCUGGUAAGGUUGUUCCCACCUUUUGGCUAUUGUGAAUAAUGUUGCUGUGUAAAUGGGUGUAUGUGUAUCUGUUUGAGUCCCUGCUUUCAAUUCUUUUAGAUAUAUAGCCAGAUGUGGAAUUCCUGGAUCAUAUGAAUUCAUGUUUAACUUGGUGAGGAACUGCUAGAGAUUCCCAGCUGCACCACUUUGCAUUUCUACCAGCAAUUACACAAGGGUUCCAAUGUUUCCAUAUCCUCCUCAAUAUCCUCCACUUGUUAUUUUCUGGUUUUGGGGUAAUAACCAUCCUAAUGGGUGUGUCAGAAAGCUUUUGACCUCUACUCUGAUGAGUGUUGGAUAACUCAGAAAUGCUACCUCCCACGUGUGAGGAAUCAGUUCCCUCGGGUUAACUAAGAGGGAGCAGUGACCUAAGUUAGUGCCAUAAAAGGGGAGCUCUAGGGAUUCUGACCAUCACAUAUGGUAUCUGCUUUUUUAUAAGAUAUUUUCAUUUAUAAGUUCAUUUAUAUUUUUAGCCUUUUAAACAUAUGUGGACUCUCAGGAAUCACGUGAAACCCUCAGGUUCAGAAGGGGCACAAUUUAGGGGCUCUUGGAUGUGUGUAAGCUGCCUGGGCCCCUGCAGUCAGCUCUUCAGUUUGGCUUUUUAAGUUUGGAUUAGUGGUUUGAGCAGUCCGAGGGAUGAGCUUUUGUAAAAGUCCUUUGGCCUUACCUAUCAUCUUACUUCACAUUCACUUUUUGUCUUGCCUAAUGUACAUAGUAAGCCUCAACGUAUUUUCAAGUGGAGUACUGAAAAAACCUAGGGAAGGACUUGGUAAAAAGGGCUAUGAAAGAUACUGAGCUGUGGUUGUCUUCGAUAAAGUGGUAAAUGCUCAUAAAUCAGUCAUUUGCUCCAUCUCAUUUGUAGGGGAGGGAAACUUUUUCUUUCUUCCCUUGUAGGUUCUUUGGCUGGUCUUAUGUAAUUAAAUUGACACAAGGCAGAUUAACAGGAGAAAAAAAAUUAAUUUCAUAUGUAUGGGAGCUCAAAGAAGUAAGAGAUUCAAAGAAGUGACCAAAGCAGGCAGCUUUUAUACCUUUUAGACAAAGGAACAAUAAAUCUGUUAAAGAGUUGAUAAGACAAAGAUGGUUGGGCUUGGGAUAGCAAAUUAAUGAAGAGAUAACAAGGUUUAUUUAUACAACCUUCUUGGCCCUGAAUUGCCUAUCUCUGGCAAUAAGUAUGCCUCUAUCUCCCAGGUGCAGGGAGGGUACCUUCCACAUGAAGACUUUAUUUCCUGCUUUCAGGGGGACAGAAGAGGGUCUGAGUAUCUUUCUUGUACUGGCUCUUUGUUGAGUAACUUUAAUUAAAAAUAAUAUACCAGGGUGGCAUAUUUUGGGGUGGCCUAUCCUGGACCCCAUCACAUUGCUUCAGAGAGCUAAUUUUCUGCUAACGGUAUCUUCCUGUGCCUAGAAGAUGUUGUUGAAUAGUUCUGAACAGACCCAGGUACAGGAAAUGUUGGCGAAUGCUUCUUUUUAAAAAAAGUUUAUUUAUUUUGAGAGAGAGGGAGCAAGUGAGCACAAGUGAGGGAGGGGUAGAGAGGGAGAGAGAGAAUCCCAAGCAGGCUCCAAGCAGUGAAUGUGGAGCCCAGUGCCGGGCAUGAUCCCAUGAACCAUGAGAUCGUGACCUGAGCCCAAACCAAGAGUCAGAUGCAUAACUGACAGAGCCACCCAGGUACUCCUACUGGCAAAUAUUUCUGAUGGAAGACAGUCUUCUCUCCCUUGAAAAGCCCACAAAACUAUAUUGGGAACUGGUGAGCCAGAGCUAUGAAUAAAGGGAACUCAUAACUAGGGAAAUUAAUUUAGCCUUUUCUUUAGGGUGGUGUUGUUAAACAACAAGAAGCUCUAGUCUUGAGGUCUCCUUGAGUGCAGGGUAGAGGAUUUUAAGAUCAACUAAGUUUGGGAAAUGAUAUCUGCUCUAUUCAUCUAUUGGUGGUUUAUAAUGCACAUUAGCACCUAGCACCUUAAAGUUCGCAAGAAGUCCUACAUAAAGGUAGUAUUAACAGUUUUAUUUAAUGUUGUAUUUUCCAAACCUCAUAACCCUUUUGUUGAGUAACUAUUCAACAUCAUUUGGAACAAAUACUCCUCAGGUCACACGUUGGGAAAUUAAUUGCUUUUAAAGUACAUAACUUUAAUAUCAAAGCUUUGAGUAAAAUAGUGGGUAUUCUUGAGAAGUAUGAAGGCCUCCUGAAAAGCCCAUUGUUACACUUUUCCUCUUGUUACUUGCUCAUCUAAACAUUAAUGUACCCUCUGUAUAUGGCUCCCCAGUAUAGAAGAUGAUUUGGGAGCAGUGUAUCAUUACAGAAGAUUCUGUGCAAUGGUAAUUGGUGUAGAAAUCUUUAUUCUUUUUUUUCCCUUCCACUUUUCGGUGGGGAAUUUUGUUGUUUGUAGUUGUUUCACAAUAAAUGUUUGGAAUGGUAUGAAGCAUUUGGAAAACCUUGGGAAUGAAGAUAAUUGAUUGUGACCUUGGAUCAUUAGUUUUAGAGACUGAGAGAGUUUAUUGCUGAAAAGAGGUUCUGCUGCUUGGGGUACAAUUUGCUCUUCGCCCAUCCUGUUUGCUGCUACCUGAGAGACUGGGAGAAGCACCUAAGGACCUUUACUCCAGGAGUGCGUGCUCAACUCUUUACAUGGUGGAUACCCUCUCUUUGGGAAUUGGUGUCCUUAAAACAUUCAGCCUUGCUGCCAAUAACUGUCACAAAUGUUGAGCUUCUGAGAUGGACUGCUGUGCAACAAAAGAAAGCAUUGGCAAAAUAUACCUGCUGAUAAUAAUCACCUUUCAGAUUUAUUUUAUUAGUACAUCCUAACUUAAUAUAUCAUUCAAGUCUCAUAGCAUUCCUGUUACAUAGUUAAAGGAGAAUAAUUGUAAUUCCUCGGUCUGGGUGCUCAGUCAUAAAUUUAAAUAACUUGUUCAAAGUCAUAGGACUGUUUAGUUUUAAUUAUAGGAUCAAAACUGGAAUCCAGAUCUCCUGUCAAGUGCUCCAAACAAGUGGUCUUUUUGCUAAUUGCAUUGACAGCCUAGUUUUGAUGUCCAGUGUUUAAAUAAAAUUUUAAAUAAAAAAAGGUUUCUCCUGCUAUGCAAAACUAGAACGCUCUUCUGAAACCUUUCGUAAGCUGAAAUGUCAUAAGGCGGAGAAGCAAUUACCAUUAAUUAUGAGGAAAAAUUUUGAUCAUUCCCAGACCCAAAAAAUAACCUCUCGUAGGGUUUCCUGAUAACCUUAGGAUACACCUUGCUAACACAUGCGCAAAAUAAAUGUAGAUAAAGCACAGAGGCUCACAGACACUGUUCAAGCUGUGGUAGCUUGAUGCUGAGAUGCUGAAUGUUGUUCCCAGGGAAGGAGCUGGUGAGGCUGCUCUCGCUGUUCUGCUUGUGGUGUGCCACUGCCUCUAUAAGGGCCCAACAAAUGCUUAACACUAUUUUCACCUUUUUUCAUAAAAACAAAAGUUUGCUCUGGAUUUCUUUCAGUUAGCAAAAACUGGUACUGAUGUAGGUCUUUUGUAAAAGUGAGGUGGCAUAACAUGAACUUCAAAAAGUGGGAUAUACCUGUAUUUGUAUCUGUACAUGGUUUUGUAGCUCGGAGAAUUCAGUGGCCAGGAAACUAGUAUUUUUAGUAGUAGUGUUUCUUUCUAGAAAUGAGAAACAUGAGGCUUAGAAAGAUUGACCUACUCAGUGUUGUAUAGUUUGCAAGUGAGAGCUGCGACUAGAACUUGGCCCUUUUUUGGUCCAGCGUUUCCCUGAUAAACCAAGUUGUUGGUAGCUGGUGUCCUUAAUAGACGUCAGUAAGUAUUUGUUGAAUAGAACUUAGUUUUUCUUGAGUUCUUCAGCCCUGUUGCUUAGUAAGGGUAAACUUCAGGUUUUAGAGUAUCAAACUUGUCUCCCAGGUCCAUACUAACCCAGUUUGUUGAAUGCAUCACUUGAAUCAUAUUUCUUUUUGGAAUCUAAAGCAAUAGGUCUAGAAAAGGCAACCGACCCUGUUUCUCACAGGAAUCAAGGGAAGAAUUUGGACUGAGAUUAUAUAUCAGCAGUAGGACCAAGGCAGAAGGAAGGCUGCAUUAGGAGAAGCUGGACUAGAACUGGCCUUUGGCAGGAGCAGGGAAUAAUCUGGUUGGACUGUAGCAUUGGAUUGAGGUGCAUAAUUAUUGAGAUGUUAAUUCUGUUUCUAGGCCCAGUCUGGGCACUCGAUGGUGUUUCCUAGGCUAGAACAGUAGCGUAAGAAUGAGAGCCCACCAGAGGGGAGAGCCCAGCAAAGAUCCAGGAAAUACAAAUGGUUGUCAAUUUAUUAAUCUAAAAAGUGGACCAAUUGUUGAAUCCCUUGUUGACAGUCUCUUAUUUGUUCAGCAGAGGCCUUUGAAAUUGAUAUAAUGUACGAUUCUAAUCCUCUAGUCCAGAUGUGUUAACUAUGGAGCAGCUCAGCUUAAAUUGGCUCUUUACAUCAAUCCAAGAAACGAUACUGCAACUAGGCAGAAAUGAGAGCAAAGAGUUGAGUGUAGAGCUGUGGUUCUCAAAUUUUAGGGAGAAUCAGAAUUGCCUAGAGGGUUAAAGACAUAACUGGAAGAAACACUCCCAGAGUUUCUGCUUUAGCUGCUCUGGGUUGAAGCCCAAAAUUUUGCACUCGUUAACACAUCUCUAAAUUGAUGCUGAUGCUGCUGGUCUUAGGAUCAUGCUUUGAGAACCACUGAUAGGAAAAGUUGAUGAAGUGCAUAUAAUUAAGGCCUUCACAGAGAAGGAAAAAGGGAAUUAAUCCACCAUAGUCAAGACACUGUGCAAGGUGAUUUGCAAUCAUUACUUAAUUUAACCCUUGAAACCCUUCUGCAGAGUAAUCCUUAAUCCCUGUUUCCUCCCAGGAUAAACAUGUUGUUAAAUAAGAUAUAAAAAACUUACUGGAAUAAUUCUCAUUUCAAGGACAGCUUUCACUUAUAACUCAAAGAAUAAUGUUGCAUAUGCUGUUAUGAAUGUGAUUUUAUUUAAUGCAGAGGAUGAUGUGUUAAAUUCCAUUGUUGACUUUAUUUAUUCGUUACUCUUGUAGAUUUAUAAGAGAUAUAAAAUGUAGAUCGGUUUUACGGUAAUAAUUACACAAUAGAUGGAAUUAAAUGUUGAGACAUUAUCAUUUCUCAUAAAGUGAAUGGGAACUUUAUUUAACAUUAGCUAUCUUUCAAAUCACAGGAAAAGGUAGGCCUCAGUUAAUUUUGUCAAGGUGGUUUUUUUUUUUUAAUGUUGCCAGUUGGUUAUUGACUUACCCUGUUUUAGAAACAAAUAGAGGGAUGGUGAAUUUCAGGAAAGUUACUACCAAGAAAUGACCAAAUUCUUGAAAUUGCAACCCUAAGACUUAUUCCUUUAAAAUGUUCUUUGUUAAUGUCAUUUUUGAAAGGUCAACUUGUUUUUAAUGGCACUCAGUAAAGUUACUUUGUGUUGUUGUUUGACAGAUUCACACAGAAUUACUUAAAAAAAAAAAAAAAGCAGUGAUCCAAGCAUUGAAAUUGAAGGCAUUCUGGGAAAACCUGGCAUUUAUUGUGAAAAUCGUCUUUGAUCUUGAAAUUAAAAGUAAAGCUGGAAAGGAAUUUACAAACGAGGAAAAAGAAAAGUUUGCCAUCGGACUCACAGGAUCUGGGCUUGGAAAUGCCUCAGCCUAGUGUAAGCGGAAUGGAUCCGCCUUUUGGGGAUGCCUUUCGAAGCCACACCUUUUCAGAACAGACUCUGAUGAGCACAGAUCUCUUAGCAAACAGUUCAGAUCCAGAUUUCAUGUAUGAACUGGAUAGAGAGAUGAACUAUCAACAGAAUCCUAGAGACAACUUCCUUUCUUUGGAGGACUGCAAAGACAUUGAAAAUCUGGAGUCUUUCACAGAUGUCCUGGAUAAUGAGGGUGCUUUAACCUCAAACUGGGAACAGUGGGAUACAUACUGUGAAGACUUAACAAAGUAUACCAAACUAACCAGCUGUGACAUCUGGGGAACAAAAGAAGUGGAUUACUUGGGUCUUGAUGACUUUUCUAGUCCUUACCAAGAUGAAGAGGUCAUAAGUAAAACUCCAACUUUGGCCCAGCUUAAUAGCGAGGACUCUCAGUCUGUUUCCGAUUCCCUUUAUUACCCUGAUUCACUUUUCAGUGUCAAACAAGCUCCUUUGCCCUCUUCAUUCCCUAGUAAAAAGAUCUCAAGCAGAGCAGCUGCCCCUGUGUGUUCUUCUAAGACUCUUCAGGCUGAGGUCCCUUUGUCAGACUGUGUCCAAAAAGCAAGUAAACCCACUUCAAGCACACAGAUCAUGGUGAAGACCAACAUGUAUCAUAAUGAAAAGGUGAACUUUCAUGUUGAAUGUAAAGACUAUGUAAAAAAGGCAAAGGUAAAGAUCAACCCAGUGCAGCAGAGCCGGCCCUUGUUGAGCCAGAUUCACGCAGAUGCGGCAAAGGAGAACACCUGCUACUGUGGUGCAGUAGCAAAAAGACCAGAGAAAAAAGGGCUGGAGCCUCUUCAGGGUCACGCCACUCCAGCUUUGCCUUUUAAAGAAACCCAGGAACUAUUACUCAGUCCCCUGUCCCAGGAGGGUCCUGGGUCAAUUGUAGCAGGAGAGAGUAGCAGCCUUUCUGCCAGCACAUUGGUCUCAGAUUCAUCCCAGAAAAAGGAAGAGCACAAUUAUUCCCUUUUUGUCUCCGACAACUUGGGUGAACAGCCAACCAAAUGCAGUCCUGAAGAAGAUGAAGACGACGAGGAAGAUGCUGACGAUGAGGACCAUGAUGAAGGAUUUGGGAGUGAGCAUGAACUUUCUGAAAAUGAGGAGGAGGAAGAGGAGGAAGAAGAUUAUGAAGAUGACAAAGAUGAUGAUAUUAGUGACACUUUCUCUGAGCCAGGUUAUGAAAAUGAUUCUGUGGAAGACUUGAAGGAGAUGACUUCAAUAUCCUCUCGGAAGAGAGGUAAAAGAAGGUACUUCUGGGAGUAUAGUGAACAGCUCACACCAUCACAGCAAGAAAGGAUGCUCAGGCCAUCUGAGUGGAACCGAGAUACCUUGCCAAGUAAUAUGUAUCAGAAAAAUGGCUUACAUCAUGGAAAAUAUGCAGUCAAAAAGUCACGGAGAACUGAUGUAGAAGACCUGACUCCAAACCCUAAAAAACUACUCCAGAUAGGCAAUGAACUACGGAAACUGAAUAAGGUGAUUAGUGAUCUGACUCCAGUCAGUGAGCUUCCCUUAACAGCCCGGCCAAGGUCAAGGAAGGAAAAAAAUAAGCUGGCUUCCAGGGCUUGUCGGUUAAAGAAAAAAGCCCAGUAUGAAGCUAAUAAAGUGAAAUUAUGGGGCCUCAACACAGAAUAUGAUAAUUUAUUGUUUGUAAUCAACUCCAUCAAGCAAGAGAUUGUAAAUCGAGUACAGAAUCCAAGAGAGGAGAGAGGACCCAACAUGGGGCAGAAGCUUGAAAUGCUCAUUAAGGAUACUCUUGGUCUCCCAGUGGCUGGGCAAACCUCAGAAUUUGUUAACCAAGUGUUAGAGAAGACGGCAGAAGGCAAUCCCACUGGAGGCCUUGUAGGACUAAGGAUACCAACAUCAAAAGUGUAAUCAGCCUCAUUGGACCACUGGUCAGAAAUGUCUGUGUUUGUCACAUUAUUCAUUGUAAAUUUUCAUUCUGUUUUGCAUGUCAGUUUAGCAUUAUGUAAACAUUGAUUAGGUUACAUUGUUUUAAGAACUAAGUAGCAUAAGUGAAGCAUGAUCCAAAAUACUUGAUUAUUGCAUUUUCAGAGCAUAGACCAUGGUUAAAACUGCUACUGGCGUCAGAAUUGGAACGUGUACAUUUAAGUAAACGUUUAGAUACAGAUUGCAAAAAUCUGUUAAAGUCAAACAAGUUUUGGAGGAGUGAAGAUACUAGUAAAUGCCAAAUACUGUGGCAGGUUUAUGCUCUGAACCACACAAAAAAAUUGAGGAAGCAUUUUUUUAAACAGUCCGUUUAGAUUGUUUUUAGAAUUAUUCCUUUUGUUCUGAUUUUUCCACAACCAUUAAUCUCACUUGUACAUGGCACAACCCAGCACUCAUGCCCAUGUGCCAUAUUAGAAGUUCAUUUUCCGAGCUCAAUAUGGUAUAUAUAAAUAUAUAUAUAGAUAUAUAUAUAAUGUCUGUGCAAGUAAGAAAAAAAAGCAUAUUCUUUGUGCCUUGUAUUUUGGGGAAACUAUAAAACUGGUAAUAUUUUGUAUGAUGAAAACCCUACUGAGGAGAAACAAGAUAUAUAGAUGGAGAAAUUAUGGGGUUUAAAUGUUUUUUUGUUCCAACUCUUUUUCAAAUUUUUUGAAUGUAUAUAGGACUAUGUUGAAAUGUAGAUAUAUGCCACAGAGUCUGUGUAUUGUAUAAAAAACAAAACAAAAAAACAAACAAAAAAAAGAUGGCUCUAGAAAACUCCUAUUUCGGUACUUGACCGGAAGAAGACAAAUACUUGCACAUUAUUGCGAUUGUUUUAUUUUUU